GAAAGCUUGUACUUUGUUUUAAAAUUUGAUACGGUACACAUCGCGCACGGAAGACUCAAAAAUUAUAGUGAUACGGUCGUAAUCAAUCAGUAAGAAGCGGAAAAAAGGAAAUUCAACUCAAAAACGAUUUCAAACGAUCUUUAAAAAAAGAGAUAAGUUAAAAACAAAAAAAUGAAAACAAGAAAGUAGUGAUAGAUCAUAAGAUUGUUAAAAUGUUAAUUACGUUUUUUAGUGAAAUUGAAUAAAAACAAAGAAAGUUCAAUUUAAAAAAAGUGCUAAAUAAAUUGAUUCAAGACAUCAUCUGAACCUGAUACAAAAAUAAAUUAAAAAAUAAAAACAAACAAAACAGGAUACAAUGCUGCCCAGAAAAGUUCAUAUAAAUUGGCGCUUAAAAUCACUUUUCAUUGUUUUCGUUGUCCUUGACACAGUUCCUCAACUUGCCUUCGCCGACAUUGUGAUCAAAUGCUCAAAUAUCGAUGAAUUUUAUUACUCUGUUCCUGAAUCGCACUGUACGUCCUACUACAAAUGUAACGCACGGGGAUAUCGUGAGAUUAAAGAAUGUGGGCCAGGAUCAAUGUUCGAUUUCUACACCCAAACGUGUACAAGAUCAUCAGGAGUUUGCUAUGAACCAGUCUGUACUGGACGAACUAAUGGAAUAUAUCAAGAUACCACCCAUGCCUGUCGUCGCUCUUACUCAUGCUUUUCAGGGCGGCUAGUUAGUAUCGAUAAUUGCCCGCCGAAACAUCUACACAACGGCAUGCAAUGUGUCAGCCAAGAUUUGGUAAUGUGCGAUCUUCCACAAAACACGGCAAUAGCGUUUCCCUUUUCUGGCGACAACCGAUGCGUGGGUAAAGAAAAUGGACUACAUCCAAUCAACAAAUGCAAUGAAUACAUCAAGUGUCGUAAUGAAGAAGUCGAGAAUGUAAAUCGCUGCCCUGAAGGUUACCUCUUUAAGGCGGAGAGCAAUAAGUGUACCUUGGAACGAUUUGUGACGGGUUGCUCUGAAGAAAAUUUAUUACCGAGCAAUGAGCUAUUGUGCAGAGAAAAACGUGAUGGAUCCCACUCUGAUCCUUCGUCAGAAGAUUGCUCCACCUACAUCACAUGUAAGAGUGGCAAGUUCGUGUCACAGCAACAAUGCGGCCAACAGGCGGUUUUUGAUGGCUCGAGUUGUGUGCCAAGCAUUCUGUUUCAAUGUCGAUUCAAGGCAGAUCUGAAAGCUUACGAGGAUGUGUGCCGAUCAAAACCGAAUGGAUUCUAUAACAGCCCCCAGCACGGUUGCAACUACUAUGUACGUUGCAUGGGAGAGCGGGGCGUUGAAAUCCACCAAUGCCCAACCGGACAGUAUUUCGAUCCCGAGGAUCGAAAUUGUGUAUUUGAGAAAUUCGCCGAUAGACAAAAGUGCGUGCAGAAAGGUAUUUCGCAGGAGUGCAGUGGCAAGACGACUGGUUUCUAUCCCGAUGCUGGUUGCCAAUCGUAUUUCCACUGCUAUAAUGGCCACAAGACACAAUACAAGUGUUCUUCAGGAAAAAUCUUUAACGGCGACAAGUGUGUUCCUAAGUCGCAGUUCUCAUGCAAUCUUGGUGCAGAUGAAUUCUGCCUCAAUCGUUCUGACGGCUAUUACAAAGAUUCGACUAGUGGCUGCCGUUCCUUUCACUACUGUUCCAGUGGCCAUAAGAUCACCUAUCUGUGUGAAGAUGGACACACCUUCGAUGGCCAGAAGUGUGUUCGUUUGAGCCACAAUAACCAAUGCCGCACGGACUUCCAAUGCUACGGCAAGUCCGAUGGGUAUCAUGCGGAUGUCCGUUCAAAUUGCAGAAAUUACGUUUUUUGUAAGAACUAUGAGAAGAUCACUCAACUGACAUGUCGCGCUGGCAACGUCUUCAACGGACAAAAGUGUGUCAGCCCCAAUGAGCAUGCCUGUCCGAGUUUGUACAAUUACCGUCAGUUGAAUUGUAUGCCACGGCAGUGCUUGGAUCAACAAUGCGCUACUGAUGGAUUCUUUCCAGAUAUCGAUUCGGAAUGUAGGUCGUAUUUCUUUUGCAUAGGAGGAAAGGCGUCGGCAUUGACAUGUCCGCCGGGGAAGCUAUUCAAUGGCGAGAUAUGCGUUACGGAGGAUACAUUUACGUGUCCUGUUUAUUGUGAUACAACCUCUAAUACGGGGAUAAUGAGUUGUCCACUGGGUGGACUUAAGUAGAUUUAAUUAUUUAUAUAUUAUUGUAUGUAUGUUUAUUAAUUUAUGCGAUAAGCUCUAUAAUUUUGUCUUUUGUGAAGAAAUUUAAAUAAUUACUCAAAUAGAGUUCUAUGUCACAGAUAUUAAAUAGCUUAAGAGUUUAACAUAUUUAUUUAACUUUAUUAUCUGUGGUUAAUAUUUUUAAUCUAGGUAUUAUUUUUAUUUUAAUAUUUAAGUUAUUUUAGUUGGUAAAGCAUAUUAUAAAAGUGAAAGAAUACAGUGAUUUAUUUUAAGUAAGAUAUGUUUUUUAGACCAAGUAAAAUUUGUAUUGCUAUUUUCAAUUGGUAAAAUAAGGCAGUUUACUUUUUUACUAAUGUCAAAAUGUUGUUUUCUUUUUGUGUUCCAUUGG